CCAGCUCUGGCCGCCUGAGCACGAGGAUGGAGGUGCUAAAGGAGAGAGUGGAAGAGGAGGAGGAGGCUGAGCGUGAGGAUGAGGCUGAGCGUGAGAGAGCAGCUGAGCAGGUGGAGCGGAGCGAGAAGCUGAUGGUGAGACCAGCAGAGCCACAGAGCAAGGAGACCAUCAUAACUCAGGAGAUAGUCCAAGACCCGGAGAAGGAGGACAUUGAGGUGCCCAUUCCAGACAAGACCCUUCCCAAGCUCUCGAUAGACGUCUCCAAACUGCCCCCUUCAUACCAGACCAACUCGCCCAGUGAAGAGCUUCUGCUGCAGGUGGCUGACAACUAUUCUCGCCAGUAUAGCCACCUGUGCCCUGACCGCGUGCCGCUCUUCCUGCAUCCGCUCAAUGAGUGCCAAGUACCAAAGUUCGUGAGUACCACCCUCCGGCCCACCCUGAUGCCCUACCCUGAGCUUUACAACUGGGACACCUGUGCACAGUUUGUCUCCGACUUUCUCUUCAUGGAGCCCCUGCCCGAUCCCCUCAAGCCACCCUGGUUCCUGUACUCCUCAACCACGGUGCUCAAGGAGCAGAAGGGGAACUGCUUCGACUUCAGCAUGCUGCUCUGCUCCAUGCUCAUUGGCGCUGGCUACGAUGCCUACUGUGUCAAUGGCUAUGGCUCCAAGAAUAUGUGCUCCAUGGACCUCACCCGUGAGGUGUGCCCGCUCACUGUGAAGCCCAGGAAGGUAGUCCUGGAGAAGGAAAAGGUACCCUCCAAGAAAUAUGCCAUCAAGCCCCCCAAGGAUCUGAACAGCAAGUUUGAGCAAAACCAAGAGGAGAAGAGGAAGAAGGCAAUCCACGAUGAGGAAGAGAAGCAGCGCAAGAAGGAGGAAGAAGAGCUCUUGGAACUGGAGAAGGAGGGCACUGAUCCCCUGCAUGGCCUGCGGGUACACUCCUGGGUCCUGGUGCUGUCAGGGAAACGAGAAGUGCCAGAGACCUUUUUUAUUGACCCAUUCACAGCACACAGCUACAGCCCCCAGGAUGGACACUUCCUGGGCAUUGAGAGCAUCUGGAACCACAAGAACUACUGGAUCAACAUGCAAGACUGUUGGAACUGCUGCAAGGACCUGGUGUUUGACCUGGGGGACAGCGUGCGCUGGGAGUACAUGCUGAUGGGGACGGACAAGCCCUUCCUGGUCCAGAGAGAGGAGGAGGAGGAAGUGAUGAAUGAUGAUGAUGAUGACAUGGAUAACCUGGGCAAAGAGGAUGAGAACUUGGGUUUUGACAUGCCGCCUUCAUGGGUAGAACCAAUCCAGAUCUCACAGGAAGCCUUCGAGACCCGCUGCCCCCAAGGGAUAAAGGUGAUCCAUUACAGGAAAGCAAAGCUGGAAAAGUGGUGCCCGUAUCUCAACAGUAAUGGCCUAGUGUCUCGCCUCACUGCCUACCAGGACUUGGAGUGCACAAAAGUUUUGGAGAUAAAGGAGUGGUUCGAGAAUCGAGAGGACAAGCUGGAGCUGAAGCACACAGUCAGCACCACUGGUCUCAUCACCGAACACUUCAAACCUGGUCACCUUCAGGGUCUGCGAGUGCACUCGUACACUUCAAUGGAACCAGAGAAUGACCGUGUCAUGGAGUUCUAUGAAUCAGCCCGUGUGGAUGGCCUAAUAAAGCGGGAGGAAACGCCUCAGACCAUGACUGAGUACUACCAAGGCAGGCCCGACUUCCUCACCUACCGCCAUGUUGUCUUCGGACCCAGGGCCAAGAAGCUAACAAUGAACAGUGCUGAAGUGAACCCCCGAACCAUCAUAAAAAUCACAGAGCGCUUCUCCCGCAACCCCGAGAAGUCGGCAGACGACGAUGUGCAGGAGCGCAGCUUCCUAAUCCCGGAGGAGCGCGUCCAGCUGCGCUUCCACUGCCUCGAGGACCGAAUCACCGCAUCCAAGCGCGAGUACCUGCGGCGCCUGGAGGUGGACAGUAAAGGCAACAAGAUCAUUAUGACACCCGAAAUGUGUGUGUGCUACGAGGUGGAGCCCAUGGAACACACCAAGAAGCUUCUGUACCAGUAUGAGACCAUGAUGCAGCUCAAGAAGGAGGAGAAGCUGUCCAGGCAUCAGGCUUGGGAGUCCGAGCUAGAGGUGCUGGAAAUCCUGAAGCUCCGUGAGGAAGAGGAGGAAGAACAUAAACUGACCAUCUCCAUUUAUGACACCAAGCGCAAUGACAAGAGCAGGGAGUACCGGGAGGCCAUGGAGCGGGUAAUGCACGAGGAGCACCUGAGGCAAGUUGAGACCCAGCUGGACUAUCUGGCCCCCUUCCUGGCCCAGCUGACCCCUGGAGAGAAGCUGACACGCUGGCAGGCCAUGAACAUCAAGGAUGAGUGCCUCAGUGACUUCAAAGAACGCCUCAUUGACAAGGCCAACCUCAUCCAAGCCCGUUUCGAGAAGGAGACCCAGGAGCUGCAGAAGAAGCAGCAGUGGUACCAGGAGAACCAGAUGACACUGACCACGGAGGAUGAAGACUUGUACCUCAGUUACUGUUCUCAGGCCAUGUUCCGCAUCCGAAUCCUGGAGCAGCGGCUCAACCGACACAAAGAGCUGGCACCAUUGAAAUACCUGGCUCUGGAGGAGAAGCUGUACAAGGACCCCCGCCUGAUGGAGUUACUGUGA